AUGGACGAUGUCGAUUUGCGACAGGAAAUCCUCCAGCGGACUCUCAAAGAGGUAGCUAAUGAGGAUAAGGAGACCGCAAAUCCUUGUGUUAUUUGCCUAGACACUAUCACCGAGCCGUGUGUGGCACAGCCAUGCCGACAUGCCAACUUCGACUUCCUCUGCCUUGUCAGUUGGACCGAGCAGCAACCCAAAUGCCCCCUAUGUAAAAUCGACUUGACGGCAGUGCAAUACGAUCUCAACGCCACACAAGGUCCCAAGCUAUACAAGCUCCCGCCCCCGAGCGCAACAUUCCCGAAAGCUCCAGUCACUACUCGAUCGCGCCCUAGCAAUCGCCGUGGCCCAGGGCGUCGCCCUCCACCCCCGACACGGCCACAACCAGAUGACCCGCUCGAGCGUCGGCGCAAUGUCUAUCGCAACCAAACAUACUCCAUGCGAGUUGGAUCCAAUCGGUUGUCCCAGUACCGAGAACUGACGCCAGAGCUCUUCGCUCGUGAUGAAGAGCUUGUUUCGCGUGCUCGGAAGUGGAUUCGCCGUGAGCUACGAGUCUUCUCUUUCUUGAAUCCGGAACCGGUGGAAGAAGAGCGUACAUCUCACCAGGUCUCGCGCCCUGGGCCUCAACGGCUGGAGAAUCGCAGGGCGAACAAUGCCGAGUUCCUGCUGGAAUAUGUCAUCGCUAUCUUGCGCACGGUCGAUCUCAAAGGCAGUGCUGGACAAGCGGAGGAGCUGUUGCGUGAUUUCAUCGGUCGUGAGAAUGCCUGUCUGUUCCUCCACGAGUUACAGGCAUGGCUGAGGAGUCCAUAUAAUUCUUUGGAGGACUGGGAUCGUCAUGUUCAAUACUCGAAUACUCCACGGAGUAUGUUUAAUGGAGGACAUACGGACUCUGAUAGCUCGGGCCGUAGACCGACUCCUGUGAACACUCGGGGUAGGCCACAGAGGUCUCGAAGACCAUACAGGUCCAGGUCCCUAGAAGCGGUUGACCGGUCUAGGCGGCUGCAGCAAGCUCAACAGCGAUAUAAUCCAUAUUAG